AUGAGUGAGCGAGUGCUAUGUAUUCUAUCUAAUUUUGAGUCGUCAGUGCUCAGCGAGGAACAGAAGAUUGAAGAUCUGAAGAUAAACCAUGAACUAAGGCAACAUGUCACACAACUGGAAAGUCAAGUGGAUAGGUUCACCUGCAAAAAUGAUCAUCUGUGUAAGCAACUUGCUGUAAUUGGCAAGCUAUCUGAGCAGCUGGAAGAAGAAUUGCUACUGAAUACUGCUGAUAAGGAGCUUGAGGAAGCAAAGAUUGAAGAUCUGAAGAUAAACCAUGAACUAAGGCAACAUGUCACACAACUGGAAAGUCAAGUGGAUAGGUUCACCUGCAAAAAUGAUCAUCUGUGUAAGCAACUUGCUGUAAUUGGCAAGCUAUCUGAGCAGCUGGAAGAAGAAUUGCUACUGAAUACUGCUGAUAAGGAGCUUGAGGAAGCAAAGGUUAUUUUACAAACAGAAGCUGAAAUAAAGCAAGGGAAGUCACCCUCAAGGCUUGAUACCUUUAUUAAGACUUUGGAAGAGGAUGUAGACUACUAUAAAAGUGAGGCUGAGAAUCUGCUGAAGGUAUUUAGAAACGCAUUUUCAAGUCCUAGGCGUACGUCUGCUGGAGCACGUUCUGAUCCAAAAGUUUUGAAAAUAUUGAGAGAACGUGAAGAACUUAAGUCAACGCUGAAAAAAUAUGAGCGCUAUGUGGCAGAAAUUCAGGGUAACUUCAAAGUUUUAAGAGCUGAGAGAGACAAAAUUGUCAAUCUUUAUGAACAGGCGCAGGAAGAGAUCUCUCGACUUCGUCAGGAAGUUAUCAGAUGCCCCAGAGCUCCUAAAAGUACUGUGAUAGCUCAAGCUGUGUUAAGACAUGUGGAGAUAGAAAGGGAUACAGCACUGUCAGAUUUCCGAAGGAUGACUACGGAACGUGAUAGUCUCAGGGAGCAGUUAAAGAUUUCCCAACAGACUGCGUUUAAUGAAAAAGCUCAUUUGGAACAGAGAAUUGAAGAGCUAGAAACUACUAUUCAAAAUUUAGAUAGUGAACGGUUAGAACAGAUGUCCGAAGUGGCACUAAUGAAAGAUACCAUUGAUUCUCUGGAAACUGAGAUGAAAAGAUUGGCAAGAAGAGCACUGGACUCUGAAACUGAGCUCAGCCGACAGGAAGCUGAGUAUGUUUCACUUAGUUUAUUGAAUGAAAAGACAGAACAGAGCCUUUCAGAGACUCAGCGAAGCCUUGUUAAGAAAAAAUAUGAAAUGCAACUUACCCAAGAGAAAAUUACGCUUUUGAAUGAAAAAAUUGGUAACUUUUCAAGACAAAGUCGUGUACAACAAGAGGAGAUCUGUGCUUUGAAAGAAACAGUUGCACAGCUUGAUAAGGAGAAGGCAUCUUUGCAAGACUCCGUGGAACAAGGAAGAGAGAAGAUUGCCACUUUUGAGGAAAGCCUUGCAAUUAAAGAGAAAAUAAUUUCAGAUUUGAAGAUUCUGAUUUCUGAGUUGGAGCAUUCCACAAAAAAAUCUACUGAAGCACUCUGUGUCUGUGAGAAAGAUAUCAUCCGUCUGCGUCAACAGCUACAAGAAACCAACAAAGAACUGGCACAGACUAACAAGAACAGAGAAUCAUUAGCUCAGGAGAAAGACAGGUUACAAGAGCAUCUUUCUAAUAUUAAGCAAGAAAAUCAGAUACUAUAUAAAAAACUAGCACAGUGCCAAAAUGAGCUUGAUGAUAUGAAGUCAAAAGCCCAGGAUUCAAACACAGAUAUUGUCAGGCUGAAGGGUGUACUGAAGUCUAAAGAGAGAGAGAACUGUGAGCUUUUGGAGAAUUACCACAAAGCCUGUGAACAAGGAGAAAGUUGGGAAGCAAAAUGCCAUCAAGCAGAAGCAAAGUGUAGCUCUGUUAGACGGGCACUGGUCAGUGUGGAGUCUGAGAACCAUAGGUUGAAAGAGAAAAUGGAUUCCCUUGAAACAAAAAUGGAGCAACAUUUAACAACAGAAGCAGCAUACAGGUCUCGGAUAUCUGCCUUAAGCAAGUCUCUUGUGAAAAUGGAAGGAGAGCUUCAAAACAUGCAUCAGGAAAGAGUCUCUAUACUUGCAAAUCUCACAUCUACACAAGAACUUUGCAUUAAACUAGAUGCAGUCAAAGAUCAAUUAAAUCAGCAGUUAACUUCCUCAGCAGAGAAGGUAGAAGGGCUGAAGAGCGAAUGUGAGUCAUCCCGUUCUGAAAUAGAGCUGCUGAGAAAACAACUGGGAAAUGAAAGAGCAUCUAUGAAAAACCUGGAAUCUUUGCUUAUGUCCAGUCGUGAGAAAGAACUUCAUUCACAGAUAGCAAAUCAAGGAAAAGACUCUGAAAUUCAGUUUCUCAAGGAACAGCUUUCUUUAGCAGAAAAUAAACUUGCUGUGCAGAGUCGAGAUUUUACUCAGCUCAGAAAGAGAGCAGUUCAGCUAGAACUGGAACUGGAUAUCACCGAGAGACAGCUGGGGACUGAGCGCUUUGAAAGGGAACGUGCUGUACAGGAGCUUCAACACCAGAAUCGUACAAUCUCGUAUCAGUCAAGCUCUGCGUUAAAAACAUCAUCACCUGCAUGUUCCCAUCAUCAAUCACCUGAUUGGUCUCUGGACUCGUCCCUGGAAGGUGGCUCUCAAAGGCACAAGAAGGAGAAAUUUCCCAUUGGUGGAGUGAGGCCUUACCCGGACCUGCCCGUCUGCCCGCGAUACUAUUUUGGAUGCCAAGUAGACAGCAAGAAUGAAUCAAUGGUGUGA